AUGGCGCCCAAGAAGAAGAUUGCCGUCAUGACCUCGGGAGGCGACUCCCCCGGCAUGAACGCCGUCGUGCGCGCCGUUGUGCGCAUGUCCAUCCACAUGGGCUGCGAUGCCUACUGCAUCUACGAGGGUUACGAGGGGCUUGUGCAGGGCGGCGACUUCAUCCGCCAGAUGGCCUGGGACGACGUCCGAAGCUUCCUGUCCGAGGGCGGCACGCUCAUCGGAACGGCACGAUGCAUGGCCUUUUACGAACGACCGGGCCGGCUGACGGCGGCCAAGAACAUGGUGCUCAACGGCAUCGACGCCCUCAUCAUCUGCGGAGGAGACGGCUCUCUGACGGGUGCCGACAAGUUUCGCGCCGAAUGGCCGUCGUUGAUUGAGGAGCUCGUCGACAACAAGGAGCUGACGCCUGAGCAAGUUGCGCCAUACAGGCAUCUCAACAUUGUCGGCCUGGUCGGGUCCAUUGACAAUGACUUGUCCGGCACCGAUGCCACCAUCGGCUGCUAUUCUGCCCUCUCGCGUAUCUGUGAGAUGGUCGACUACAUUGAGGCUACGGCCUCUUCACACUCCCGUGCGUUCGUCAUCGAAGUCAUGGGACGACACUGCGGCUGGUUGGCGCUUUUGGCGGGCGUUGCCACGGGAGCCGACUUUGUCUUUAUCCCUGAGCGGCCCAGAGAUCAAGACUGGAGAGAGGACAUGAAGCUUGUAGUUCAACGGCACCGUAAAAUGGGAAAGCGAAAGACCAUUGUCAUCGUCGCAGAGGGCGCCCGCGAUAAAGACGGCACCAAGAUCACUCCCGAGCAAAUCAAGGAUCUCCUGGCCGACAAGAGCGAGGGCGGGCUCAACCUCGACACCCGCAUCACCACCCUGGGCCACGUCCAACGAGGAGGUACGGCAGUGGCUUACGAUCGCAUACUCGGCACACUGCAGGGCGUCGAAGCCGUCAAGGCCGUGCUGGAGGCCACCCCCGAGACCGAGACCUGCGUCAUCGCCAUCAACGAGAACAAGAUUGUGCGAAAGCCGCUGAUGCAGGCCGUCAAGGAGACCAAGGAGGUGGCCGUUGCUGUCGAGGCCAAAGACUUUGACAAGGCCAUGAGCCUGCGAGACACUGAGUUCUCGGACCAGUACAAGUCCUAUCUGACAACCACGAAUGUGCUCGUAGAUGAUCACAAGUUGCCCGAGAAGAGCCGAAUGAAGAUUGGCUUCAUCAACGUCGGCGCCCCUGCCGGAGGUAUGAAUGCCGCUGUGCGCGCAGCUGUUGCAUACUGCCUCUCCCGCGGGCACGAGCCCCUUGCCAUCCACAACGGCUUCGCCGGAUUUGCGCGCCACCACGGCGACUCACCCCUUGGAGCCGUGCGGCCGUUUGACUGGCUCGAGGUCGACGGCUGGGCCAGCAAAGGCGGCUCGGAGAUUGGCACCAACCGCGAGCUCCCCUCAGAGUCCGGCAUGGAGCUGAUUGCCAACCUCAUUGAGCAGUACGAGUUUGACGCCCUCUUCAUCGUCGGCGGCUUCGAGGCCUUCCACGCCGUUUCUCAGCUGCGCAAGGCCAGGGAUGAGUAUCCGUCACUCUGCAUCCCCCUCUGCCUCUUGCCGGCCACCAUCUCCAACAACGUCCCCGGCACCGAGUACUCUCUGGGAUCGGACACCUGCCUCAACGAGCUGGUCAACUACUGCGACAAGAUUAAGCAGUCUGCCUCGGCCACGCGCCGCCGUGUCUUUGUCAUUGAGACGCAGGGUGGACGCUCGGGCUACGUGGCGACACUGGCCGGCCUCAGCGUCGGGGCCUCUGCCGUCUACAUUCCCGAAGAGGGCAUCAGCCUCGAGAUGCUUAAUGCCGACGUCAAGCAUCUCAAGGAAGUCUUCCACCACGACAAGGGCCAGUCCCGCGCGGGCCGCCUGAUCUUGGUCAACGAAAAGGCCAGCAAGGUCUACGACGCAAAGCUCAUUGCCAGCAUCAUCCGCGAGGAGGCGCACGACCGGUUCGAGAGCCGCGAGAGCAUCCCCGGACACGUGCAGCAAGGAGGUGUCCCCUCGCCCAUGGAUCGCUGCCGUGCUGUUCGGCUGGCCAUUAAGUGUAUGCAGCACCUGGAGGGCUUUGGCCGCAACGCGCACAACCGCGUGAAGAAGGACCCCUACAGCACGAGCGUCAUCGGCAUCCAGGGCUCCGAGGUCGUGUUCUCGCCGAUCGAGGAGCUGGAGGAGAAGCACACAGACUGGGCCAACCGAAGACCCAAGACGGCGCACUGGUUGGACAUGCAAGAUGUAGUCAACAUGCUAGGCGGGAGACCAGCGUAUCCCAAGCCGGAGAAGAGCCUGACGGGACUCAUUGCCAAGGAUACGAAGCGCGGGCUCUACUGGGGAGCGGACUAG